AUGUCGAACGCGAGAAAUCAAGCAUUUCAAAGCUCCGAACAAGACUCCACCCCUCGACCAUGGAAAACUCAUGCUAAUAUCGGUUUGUCGUUUUGGAACAAUAUAUCACAUGUUACUUUAAUUGUUCUGUGUGUCAUUGGUAUUAUUUUUGCUCUUCUCGCUUUGAUUUUUGGAAAAAAAUUUAAGAAAAUUAAACGAUCAACAAUAACUGACACAAUUAUAACAACAAAAGAAAAACCAGUAGUCAUAGAUGUAUCACCAGACACAAAAUAUGAACCAGUGUCAACUAUUUAA